AUGCUCGCCUUCCUACCUCUAUUGCUGGCUCUCAGUAGCCUUGCCACAACAGCAGUCAUUCCUUCCUCCUCAAUACCCCCAAUCCGAGAUUCCCCCGUACCGCAAUCAACUUGGGAGUCCGCUGACUCGCCUCGAGUAUCUGCCCAAUCAGCGAACCAGAACGCGGAACCUGCCAAUGUCGUCAAAGGAACCCCUUAUUAUUUUCCCGAAAUGAUGCCCGACCAAGAUGAAAUUGCCGACCGAUUAAAUGCCUUGCACGAAGCAGGCUCCCCGAGCAAGCAGAUAUCCAAAAAUGAAGGCGAAACAUCAAUGCACCAAGACCAGGCACACGACCUGCCCCAGCAGUCAAUCGGUACACCGGAUGCUACAACGAUCGACACUUCUCGUGCACGGAUGCUUCUUCUUCCUGAUUCGGAGUCAAGUGCCGAGUUGGCCGAGUCUCUUGAACGCUCGUAUUCUGAUCGUACUCGUUUGGAUCGUACUCGGCAGGGGAUUCAGAAUGGCCCAUUUGUUGGCCAGGCACUUCGAAUCGAUUGGGUGAUUACCGAGGCCCCAAUUAUCAUUACGACACCUCCAAUCAUACCCUCCAUGGUGUUCCUGUUUUUCAUAGCGGCCGUGCUGUGCAUUGCAACUGUCGUCCGCGGUGUACGUCGCCGGCACUGA